UCCUCAGUACGGUGGCUGACGCGGAUCAGCGUGGCGUGUGGUGUGGCUGCAGCACCGUCCGGAAGGAGGGAGGAUCCUUAGAAUUCAGUGGCUGCGAGGCAUAGCAGAGGAGGGAUGAUUGUGAAUAGCCUCUCCCUGUGCUACCACAAUAAGAUCAUCUUAGCCCCUAUGGUUCGAGUGGGGACUCUACCAAUGCGACUGCUAGCCCUGGAUUAUGGAGCAGACAUUGUUUACUGUGAGGAGCUGAUUGACCUUAAGAUGCUUCAGUGCAAGAGAGUUGUCAAUGAGGUGCUUGGCACAGUGGACUUCGUUGCUCCUGAUGACCGAGUGGUCUUUCGUACCUGUAAAAGAGAACAGAGCAGGGUGGUCUUCCAGAUGGGGACUUCAGACGCAGAGAGAGCCCUUGCUGUGGCCAGGCUUGUAGAAAAUGAUGUGGCUGGUAUUGAUGUCAACAUGGGCUGUCCAAAAGAAUAUUCCACCAAGGGAGGCAUGGGAGCUGCUCUGUUGUCAGACCCAGACAAGAUUGAGAAGAUCCUCAGCACUCUUGUUAAAGGAACACACAGACCUGUGACCUGUAAAAUCCGAAUCCUGCCAUCGCUGGAAGAUACCCUGAAGCUUGUGAAGCGGAUAGAGAGUACUGGCAUUUCAGCCAUUGCAGUUCAUGGGAGGAAUCGGGAGGAACGGCCUCAGCACCCUGUCAGCUGUGAAGUUAUAAGAGCCAUCGCUGAAACCCUCUCUAUUCCUGUCAUAGCCAAUGGAGGUUCCCAUGACCAUAUCCAGCAGCAUUUGGAUAUAGAGGCCUUUCGACAAGCCACAGCUGCUUCUUCAGUGAUGGUGGCUCGAGCAGCCAUGUGGAACCCCUCUAUCUUCCUCAAGGAUGGCCUUCGUCCCCUGGAGGAAGUCAUGCAGAAGUAUAUCAGAUACGCAGUGCAGUAUGAUAACCACUACACCAACACCAAGUACUGCUUGUGCCAGAUGCUGCGGGAACAGUUGGAGUCGCCCCAGGGAAGGUUGCUUCAUGCUGCCCAGUCUUCCCAGGAAAUCUGUGAGGCCUUUGGCCUGGGUGUCUUCUAUGAGGAGACCGUUCGGGAGCUCGAUGCCCGGAGAGCUGACCUCUUAGCCAAGACUCCAGAGGCCUUUGAGGAUCCAGCUGAAGACACCUCUGGUAUCAUUAAGAUGGCUAUCAGGUUUGACCGGAGAGCAUACCCACCCCAAAUUACCCCCAAGAUGUGCCUGCUGGAAUGGUGUCGGAGAGAGAAGUUGCCUCAGCCUGUGUAUGAAACAGUUCAACGACCUAUAGAUCGCAUGUUCUGCUCUGUUGUCACUGUUGCAGAAAAAAAGUACCAGUCCACCUUGUGGGACAAGUCCAAGAAACUGGCAGAGCAGACUGCAGCCAUUGUCUGUCUGCGGAGCCAGGGCCUCCCUGAGGGUCGGCUCGGUGAGGAGAGUCCCUCCUUGAACAAACGCAAACGAGAGGCUCCUGAUCAAGACCCUGGGGGCCCAAGAGUUCAGAAGCCAGCACUAGCUGAGGAAAUAUGCAAGAAGCCAUUUGUAACCUUGGGAAGUAGUGAAGAGAAGCUCCUGGAAGGCUGCUGACUCCUACCCUGGUCGCCUGUGUGGGACUGAUAGGAAGGUGGUUAUAGGUGCUGGGACCUAAACAGGAUGCCAGUGGACAGUUUGCCGGCCCUUGACCUGCAGAAGUUAGAGGUCUUGGCCCAGGCCAUCAGCCUGAAACAAGUGCCAAGGAAUGUCCAGGGGUCAUACUAUCUCUCAUAGAUCUGAAUGGCUAAGCCAAGUUCCCAGCGACCUGAAUGUUUUGACAACAAGGUUUUCAGGCCUCACCUCUAACUUGACAUUGGUUCGUGCAAUAAAGACACCUGGACUCUCACCCAAAGCCA